CAGGGUGGGCGGGCGCGGCUGCCUGUCUCGAUCCUGGCAGACCUAGGGAACCCCGGGGGGGCGGGAGCUCAGCGUGAGAAGCGCCCCUCCCCAUUCAGGGCGCUGGGCGCGGACUUAAGCGCCCACUUAAGCUUCGCCGCAGAACUUCUCCCCUGCCACACAGCCGAGUUCAGGUGUAGAAGAGGGGAAUAUAUGCUGGACUAUAAAGACCCUCCUUAAGGGAGAAACCUCGCUGGAUCCCAGGGGAGCUGCUGCAAGAUCCAGGGAUAAGUGUGUACCUCAUCGAUUGGGGAAACCUCCGUGGGGCUGUAUAGAUAGGACGCAGCCAGUCUCCUUCUUGACCUUCGAUUGAAUAAUGGAAGAAUGGCUAAAGACACACAGAAAGCGGUUAAAAUAAAAAAUUCUUGAUCGAGAAGAAUAUGCAGGUUCCAUAUUAUCAUGAUAAGAACAUAUGGAGCUUUCAGAAGAUGCUAGGUCCCUUGUUCAGCUGCCCAACAAGAACAUUUGCUGUCACUGUUACUUUACUGUACCCAUGACGUUAAAACAUUGGGAUGUCCUAAAGAACAAAAAAAUUAGCAAGGCCAUACACAAGACCUGGCUUUUGGGAGGAAAAAUGUCUCUUUCUCGAGUUGAAAAUCCUUGCUUUCUGCUUUUCUUGUUCAUCUUUCAAGCAGUAUUUAUCUUGAUACUGUACCGAGGUGGAGCUUCAAGUGUGUUGCAACGUUUUUUAGAUGGACCUCUGCCUUUGGACUACUCAAAAACAGAAGAUGUGUAUACAAAUCUCAGCUUGUUUACUCGUGCACCUGAUAAGGGAACCAUGCCCUCCUGCACACUUCGAUCACCAAUAUUUGUUGGACCCUUGACCAUCACCUUUGAUAUGCUACCCAGUGAAAGAACAAUCAUCGACAAAAAUCCUUAUGUCCAAUUAGGUGGCCACUACAGCCCUCCCCAUUGCUUGGCCCGUUACAAAAUUGCUAUCAUCGUACCGCACAGAAAUCGCGAGAAGCACCUGCGUCAUUUUCUCUAUUACGUUCACCCCUUCCUCCAGCGUCAGCAGCUUCACUACUGCAUCUACUUGAUUCAUCAGGCUGGAAGUGGUCCAUUUAACCGAGCAAAGCUCCUUAACAUUGGAGUCCGUGAGGCCAUGAAAGAUAAUGACUGGGACUGCCUGUUUCUGCAUAAUGUAAACCUAAUUCCAGAGAAUGAUUAUAAUCUCUACAUCUGCGAUCAGUACUAUCCCAAACACAUGUCCAGUGCCAUCGACAAGUUGCAGUACAGUUUGCCACAUUGGUCCUUUUUUGGCGGUGUGUCUGCUUUGACCCCAGAGAAUUAUAUGAAGAUGAAUGGGUUUCCAAACACCUACUGGGAUCAUGGUGGUGAAGAUGAUGACAUUGCUGAAAGGAUUCGGUUAGCAGGGCUGAAAAUAGUUCGGACUCCAAUUUUUCUUGGACGUUACAAAAGGAUGGAUUAUGGACAUAUAUCUGACCAAACUGAGAAACUUCAAAGGAUUGUCGUGCACACUAGAAACACAUGGAAGGAUGACGGAAUGAAUUCUCUUGAGUUCAAAGUAUUGGCAAAGAAAAAGUAUCCUCUUUAUACUAACAUUACUGUGGAUAUUGGAGGUGUAUCAAUUCUUCCUCCAGAAGGCAAAAGAAAUGGGAGUAAAGCAUGAAUUUGUGGCGGUAUCUAGCUGUUUGGCACUGCUGGAGCUGUCAUGAAACAAAAGAAUCGUGUGGGGCAGACUUGAAGAUGCAUAUAUUUGCUGUCUCUACUGACAAGGAGGAAAAAAUUUACCAGGAAUGAACACACAUGGGUGUUACUUAAAUUGUUCAAUGAAGCACUUCGGCACUGUAAAGUGCAAUGUCUACUGAACCUUACCCUUUUUCCCGACUACUUGCACAGCUCUUCUUGAAGAGCACACUUUAGAUCAUAUAACCACCUACACUGUGAUGUGGAUAUUUGAGAUUACAGUAUCUGAAUGAAAGAUAAAGUUGAAUACUCUGUUUUAGACACGUUGGCCUAUAUCUAAUGUAAAACUUGCGGGCAGGAACCAUUUCUGUACAUACACAGAGAGGAGGAAUGAUUUAUGGCAAGUCUCCCCUGAGAUUACAGGGACUCAGGAACACAUUGGGAGUGGAGCACAAACUGCUGCUUCAGAAGAGUACUGAAAACCACCUCUCUGCUCCAUUUGUGCACAGAAAUGUUCCCCACACCCAACUCUUAAAUUUGGAUAUAGGCAGUCUCCUUUUAAGAAGACAAUUUCUCUGUUGUAAAUCCAGUUUGCCUACACCAGUGUUUGGGCUUCACGACUGUGUCAAGUGUUAAACUAUAUUUCAGAGUUUUACUUUUGUAAAGUUUAUUUUUCAAUGAAUUUAAAUAAACUCUGUUAAGAGUACUUA